AUGAACCUGGAUUCAGCACUUGUAGAUUCACCGACAACAGACGAGGGGAAACAGUCAGAGAAUCUUACUUUGCACGAGGCGCCCACUGUAUAUCCAAGACCCAGACAAAACAGCAGUGCACGCAAGCGAACUAACGACGAAGUCUACGAGCCUGUUCAAGCUCCAGUUCCAAGUCCUAGAUCUUCCAGGUUCCAGAAGUCUACCAUGUCUAUUUCGUUGUCUGAUGCAUUGUCUCAAAAGCCCGUGGCAUCUGGUUCCGAUGGUACACUUGUCUCGGGCCAGGUGGUCACGACAUCUCUGGCUGAGAAUAAGCCUGCUCCUCACAAUGUGUUAGCCGAUCAGCCUCCUAGUGAUACACCAAGCGACUCCUUUGUCCAAGAGAUCACAGGUUACCAGCAACAACUUGAGCUGGAGUUUCAAACGUUUGAAAGAUCUCUGGAAGAGCGAGACACAACAGCCGACUUGGAGUCUUUGGAUUGGAACGACCUUGAGGAACGUUACAAAAGAGAAAUCCAGCCUCACAUAGACUCCGAGCAAGCUGUCAUGACGGAGUUUGGCUCUCGUUUCCAGCAAUUCAUGCUCUACAUGCAAGUGUGCAAUGACCAGGAGGCUGAACGAGCCAUCAAAAGGCUACGAACUCGAAUUUCUCUCGCCCAGAAUUCUGAGCAGUCCCUCGCCCAGAAACAAGAACACCGCACAAAGGUGCUCGAAGCGUUCCAAAGCGCAAUGGCACUGCUGGGCAAA